AACGUAUUCAUAAUAACCGAUGAUUUAUUUAUUUUUUUUCUUUCCAUCUUCUGUAUGAUUUUGUUCUUCCCUGUAUUUUUUUUUUCCUCAGGCCGGCUUCAACCGGAUCCCUAGAUAGAAAGAAAACAGCUUUGUAGUGUCUGGUAGUUUUAUCGGUCUUUUAGCACAGGGUGGUAUUCCCCGUGGUAGCACGCUGUGAAAAUUCAUUUAGUUGCAAAGCCGAGGGGCCUCUGUAAAAGUCGUGGCCUCUUUUGAGAAGAUUUAGUUAAAACCUUUUACACACACACUCAAAAAAACUCUUAACAGCUCCAUAAAAUGAAGAAAAACCGUUAUGAAUCUGAUUUCUAGUAUAAUCAGAUAAUAGCGUGUGUUUUAGCGUAUCUUUGUGUUUGAGUGUGAUUUGGAAAAUGAUUAUAAUUAUAAUACGUUGUAGUUGUUUUUCUGGGCAGUUGAUAAACAUUUUCAGUCCUGUACUGUAGUGCGAUGACGGUUCUGGUUAGAUUUAUUCAUUUCCCCAGCAGUUUUUACUCGUCGCGUCCUGUUUUCUGGCUGACGAGUACAGUACGAGUGUUUCGUUCGAUGGGCAUCGAUGGGCAUCGGCUAUCGGGGAUUGUUUCCUGUGACGCAUGGCAGCUGGGAUAAUUAUGGCAUUGUCCUUGAAGCAUUUUAGCUAUUUAGUUUCUAAUCCAGUCCACUUUUACUUCAUUUCCACUUGGGAUAUGGCAUAAGUAGAGAGCACGGUGGUUUAGUGGUUCGCACGUACGCCUCAAGAGUUGAGGGUUCGAUUCCCGCCGCAGCCCAGUGUGGGCGGAGUUUGCAUGUUCUCCCCGUGCUGCGGGGGUUUCCUCCGGGUACUCCGGUUUCCUCCCCCAGUCCAAAGACAUGCAUGGUAGGCUGAUUGGCGUGUCUAAAGUGUCCGUAGUGUAUGAAUGGGUGUGUGUGCCCUGCAAUGGAUUGGCACCCUGUCCAGGGUGUACCCCGCCUUGUGCCCGAUGCUCCCUGGGAUAGGCUCCAGGUUUCCCAUGACCCUGUAGGAUAAGCAGUAUAGAAAAUGGAUGGAUAAUACAUUACUUAGAACUGGUAUUUAUUUAUUUACUGUCGAUUUUUCAAACACGGUUCCCCACUUUUUUUUUUCCUUUUUUAACAAAAUGAUCACCUAAUUGCCCUUUCACAAUGAUUUGACCUGACUGUGAUUUAUUUUUUUCUUCUCGGUUCAGUUGUAACUGUCCAGGUAGAAAAUAACCUCAUUUAGUGCUUAAUUUUCUCCACAAGAUGGCUGCUCAUAAUUCUAUACUUCAGUCGUCUGGAUUGUGUCCAGGUUCUUGUAGUUUCACUCCUGUCAGUAUUAUAAGCUGUUUCGUGCAGAUUCAUGACAUAUACUCCCAAUUAAGAUACAACACUAUGGAAUGUGGAAAAGUUUUUAAGUGGAGUAAAUACUUAUGCGAGGCACUGUAUGUAGUACUUUGUCUAUAACCGAUUUUAUUUUGGUAGCUGUAUGGAAUUUUCUAACACUCUGAGAGCAUGGACAUGAGAGAGGGUUCAGAGAAUAAAGGCAAGUGUGAUUUAAGGAUUGCUUUGUGAAGUUUUAGGCCCCUCGAGGGUAAAAUCCAAGCACUGGGGAGGCUCUUUGGAGGUUUUUUUUUUUAUUAUUUUUUUUUCAUCAGAUGUGUGAGGGUAAGGUCGGGAAAGAAAGAAAAAAAAAAGAGAAGUCGUCCAAGAACACCCUAAAACAGGACAAUUUAAUUUUCAGUCAUAUCAGGGUACCAUAAUGGUAUGUAAUUGUGUUUUGUUUUUGUUUUUUUUUUGCUGAUUUGUAAGAUAAUGUAUGCAUCUAAAAUGUUUUGAACCACUUUUCCUCUUUGUCAACUGUGGCAUGUGCCUGGGAUUAGGGCAUUUCAAUGCGGAUUAUGUUUUUCGUGGCACCCCGAUGGUGUUUUGCUGGACGGAGAAGUGGACGGAAGUUUCAUCUUGCCUCUCGCAUUUUGUUUUAACGCUUUUAAAAGUAGUUCAUUAAUAGUGCUUUGGUAGAUUUGCUGCUAACCUCUGUGUGAGUGGAGGUAAGUUAUGUUUUGUUUUUUUUAUAUUUAUAUCGUUGGCGAAUUUUUCCACUGUAUCUCACUAAUCACGCUGGUUGCUGAUGUUAAGUGACUGGUAGGAUCUCGGCAAUGGAUAUGAUUAAAACAAGAGUUCUGUUGAUUCAGACUCUUGGACGUAUGGUUCAUCCCAUCAGAGUAAAGUAAUCUCACUUUAGCUUGUGUAGAGUAGCUUAUAACUGGUUUUUAUUCAUUUGUUGCAUAAGAUCUAGUUCCAAAUACAGGACUAUCGAAUCAUGGCAGAAUGCAGCUACCUCUUUUUCCAUGUUCAAAAGUUUUGCUUUCUUUUUAUCCCCCCCCUCCCCCCAACGAAGGAAUGUUGCAGUUCAUCCGUAAGGAGGUUCAUAAUCACCUAACGGAACGCAGGAUUCGGCGGACACGGCUCGUGACCAAGGACGGCCAUUGUAACAUUGAAUUUGGCAAUGUUGCGUAUCAUAGCCAUUUUGCUUACCUGAUGGACUUUUGGACCACCUUUGUUGAGAUCCGUUGGCGUUUUGUUAUACUUUCUUUUGUCGCUGCGUUCACUGGGAGCUGGUUCGUCUUCGGUCUGCUGUGGUACUUCAUUGCAAAAAGCAACGGGGACCUGGAGGAAAAGAACGUUCAUGAUGGCCAUUUAAAGUGCAUCGAAAACAUAAACGGUCUCACAAGUGCCUUUCUUUAUUCCUUAGAGACACAGACGACCAUUGGAUACGGCGGACGAGCUUUGACGGGUCACUGUGCCGAGACGGUAGCCCUUCUCGUCGUCCAGUCUCUAAUGGGUGCCAUUAUAAACUGCUUCAUGUGCGGCCUGAUUCUGGCCAAAAUCUCCCUCCCGAAAAAUCGAGCCAAGACCGUAACCUUUAGUGACACGGCUGUGAUCUGUAUGAAAAACGAAAGCCUGUGCUUGCAGAUCAGAGUCGCCAAUCUUCGGAAGACGCUGCUCAUAGGCAGCCGUAUUUACGGCAAGCUCUUGAAAACCAGUGUCACUCUGGAAGGAGAGCCCAUCAUCCUGGACCAGGUCAAUGUUGACUUCCUGGUAGACGCUGGCAAGGACAACCUCUUCUUCGUCUGUCCGCUGACGCUGUACCAUGUAAUUGACAGUUCUAGUCCUUUUUCAGAGAUGACUGCUGAUACAGUUCAGCAGCAGGACAUUGAGCUGGUGGUCUUCUUGGAGGGCAUGGCUGAAUCCACAAGUUCCUCAUGCCAGGUUCGCACAUCCUACAUCCCAUGUGAGAUCCAGUGGGGUUACUGUUUCCUGCCCAUCAUCUCCCGAACCAAAGGGGGCAAAUACCGUGUCGACUUCUCUAAUUUCUCCAAAACCAUUCCAGUACCCACGCCUCACUGCCCCAGCUGCUAUCUAAAUGACCUGAACAAAGAUGUUGGACUUCACCAGUGUGGACAGCAAGGCAUUGACAACCCUGGGUUUGAGGUAGUUACUACGGAAGAUUUGGUGGACAACAUGCAAAUGUGA